AGUCAUGUGCUGGGAAGCAAACAGGUGAUCAUAUAGAUUUGAGAGCUCCUCGCCCUCUUAUAAAAGGCUUUCAUCAGAGCUUUUCAGAGAGUUUGUAAGGAAGAGAGAGAGAGGGCAAAAAGAGAAGGCUGAGAAAUCAGAAGUUUAUAAGAUAAGGGAGGGAGAGAGGUUGAGAAGAUCGAAUCCGAUAUCCGUUUCCAUGGUUUCUAGGGAGCACAAGAGGGCAGCACUUUAUGAGAAGCUGCAGCUUCUUCGUUCUAUUACUAAUUCUCAUGCUCUAAACAAAACCUCAAUCAUAGUAGACGCAUCAAAGUACAUUGAAGAGCUAAAACAAAAGGUGGAAAGACUGAAUGAAGAUAUUGCAAAUGCGCAAACUAGUUCAUCAUCAAGUGACCAAACUCCAUUGCCUGUGCAGGUUACAGUGGAAACCCUAGAAAAGGGGUUUCUGAUAAAUGUGUUUUCUGAAAAGAGCUGCCCAGGUUUGCUUGUCUCUGUACUGGAAGCUUUCGAAGACUUGGGUCUUAAUGUGCUUGAAGCUAGGGUUUCCUGUGCAGACAGUUUCCGGUUGCAGGCAGUUGGAGGAGAAAAUGAGGAAGAAGGUGAAAGCAUUGAUGCUCAUGCAGUGAAGCAAGCAGUGGCAGUGGCUAUUAAAAACUGGAGUGAAAACAACGAACACGAGUAAUCAAGAUUCGGUUGCUAUAUAGCUAGAGCUAGCAAUUUAUAUAUCUUUGUGAUGAUGAAGAUCAUUUUCCACUUCCUCUUGGAUUAAAAAAAAUCCUCUCCUUUCCUUUCUUGAUGUGGCUCUGCUAUAUAGCUAGCUAGGUUGGCAUGAAAUGAAUUAAUGUUGAUCAUCAAGGAAUUAAUCAAGCUUUAAACAACUUAGUUA